AUGCAGCUGUCUCAGUCACUCCUCAUCUUCGCUGGCCUCCUCAGCUCCUUCGCCUUGGCCUCUCCUGCUCCGGUCAACAAGAGUCCUGCAUCGCCGAAGCCUACCGGCGGAAUCGGUGCUUUCCUCGUGCAGUGCGGCAGCACGAUGGCCAGCAUUGGCCGCGGCGGCGAUUCGUCCAAGUGCGGCACAUGCCAGGGCAAUAAGUUCGUUCCCGCCCCGGAUACCGGAGCCACCGAAUGCGCGGUAUGCACCUGCGCUCCACCGUCCCAGCCCUCUGGCGGUCAGGUCGCUGGCAGUAGGGCCACUGCCGGCAAGGCCACUGCCGGUAAGGCCUCUGGCGGGAAGGGCGGUAUCGGUAGUUUCAUCGUCCAGUGUGGCACCUCCAUGGGCAGCGUCGCCAGCGGCAGUGCCGUAGCCAACUGCGGCGAGUGCGAGGGCAAGGUGUUUGUUGCCUUUCAGGCUGAUAAUGCCAAUCAGUGCCAGAGGUGCACAUGUGUCCCCAGUAACAAGUAG